AUGGCCGGUUCUAAAGAACAUCAAUCUGCUGAUAUGCGCAUUCCGGAAGCGUACUUGUCAAUUGUUCUCGGCAAACUCAUGGAGGCUCCCAAGUCCAGCGGCCUCAAGUUCGUGUGCGAAGGCCAAGAGAUCAAAGUCCACAAGGCCAUUGUCUGCACCCAGUCCUCUGUUAUCGACAAGUCGGCCAACAAUAAGUUCUUUGUCGAAGCUCACAAAGGCAGAAUCGAGAUGGACAACUUCGACUUGCCUACUCCUCGACACAUCUAA